UGUUUAUCCCGCCAAUGCUGAUGGGCCUGACAAAAACCCUAGAACCAGAGCUUAGAGGUUUUUGAGCUUCAGUGACAGAGAGGUACAGGACAUGGAGAAAUCAAUUGCGACGCUAGAUAAAGGCACCACAUGUUCGUCAUGGAAUUACUCUGGCCAGAGAUUAGCUACCGGCGCCGUCGACGGCAGCCUUUCCAUUUUUGACCCUUGUGACCCCGGUUCCUCCUCUUUCACUUGCACCUCCAAAAUUAAGGUACACGAUGGUGGUGGCAUUGUGAAAGUUGUUUGGGUUCCUCCUGAACAUGGUGAUGCAGUAGCUUGCAUUUGUGCUGAUGGUAGUUUUGCUUUGUGGGAGGAGCUUGUUGAAGGUUCACAAUCUCUUAAAUGGAAGCUCUGCAAAAUCUUUCAACACAAGGCAACUAAAGCAUUAGAUGUUCAAUUCGGAUUUUCGCAGACCAGUUUGAAAAUGGUGACUUUUGACAUCUUUUGGGGAGUUAUUUAUAAUUUCUUACAGGUUGUGGCUUACUCUGAUGGUCAUGUGAAGGUCUAUGAGCUUUUGGAUCCCCUAGAUUUGAAAAAUUGGCAGCUUCAGGCUGAACUCCAGAAUGUUAUUGAUUCGGUAUCUACACUCGGGAAAGCAAAUUGCUUUUCUGCAUCUAUUUCUUUGAAUCCACAAAGGGGUGAGAACCAAGAAUUGAGCUUUGUUCUGGGGUUCAAUUCAGAUACACCACAACUAAACUCUUUAAAGGUGUGGGAGUUUGAUCAGGCCCAUCAAAGAUGGCUUCCAGUUGCAGAGUUGGCUUCUCCCGCAGAUAAAAGUGACCAGGUUUAUGCUGCUGCAUGGGCAACCAACAUUGGCCGGCCAUAUGAAGUUAUAGCUGUUGCUACACAUAAAGGAAUUUCAAUAUGGCAUCUAGGAUUAAACCCUGAUAUGGAUGGAAGACUUCACGUUGAAAAGGUUGCAUUGCUAUCAGGGUUUGAGGGUGAGGUGUGGCAGAUGGAAUGGGACAUGGGUGGAAUGACCUUAGCAGCCACGGGAACUGAUGGGAUGGUAAGACUCUGGCAAUCCAACUUAAAUGGCGAAUGGCACGAGCAAGCUGCAUUUGAUUCCAGUUGAGAACCCUUUCACCAUUUUUUUUAUUCCGAAAAAAUAUUUUCUCAGCUGCCAUUUUUGCUGCCAUAGGGUUCUCAUGGUUUUGAAUGCUCCACUUUCCUUGCAUUUUGUGCUAAUAUUUUGUUUUUAUUGAGGAAAUUGAGAGCCUUCACACCAGGCUAAUAUUAUGUUUUUGUGCUUAUAUUACGUUUGCUUCAGAAACAUUUUUAUUUACUCAUUUCAUUAUUUCAGAAACUAAUUUAUUAUCCAACCAGAAGUAAUUUUGUAUCA